CGGCGGCGGGCGGGGGGCCGGGCCCACCUGCGCCCGCCCGGCGGCUGGCGGUGCCCACGGCGCAGAGCGAGGCUGCUCCGGAGCGGCGGCGGCGGCGGCGGCGGGGCUGGGUCCUCCUCCUGCCCCCCCCCGGCGCUCCCGCCCUCGCACACUCCUCUCUCUCGCACGGCCGUCCGUCCGUCCGUCCGUCCUGUCGGCACCUCGCCCGCCCGGCGCACGCACGCAACCCCCCGGCGCCCCCACAUCAUGCUGCCGGCCGCCGGCACGGCAUGGACCCCGGCGGCGGCUGCACGGCUCCUCUCCGCUGCUGAGACCCCCCUGAGGUUUGCGGCAGGUAGCGGGCCGGACGGUUUCCAAGUGCAAUAGGGAAAAGCGGAGGGGCGAGGAAAAGGAUUUAAAAAAAAAAAAAAAAAAAGGAAAAAAAAAAAAGGAAAAAAAGAAAAAAAAAAAAAGGCAAAGGCCACCAGCCCAGCCAAGCCAAGCUUUGGAUCUCAGUGCAGGUAUUUCUGCUGCUGUGUUCAUCCCUUGCCGCCUAGCACCCCGAUUUUUUUUUUUUUUUUAUUAUUAUUUUUUAAGGAAAGGAAAAAACAAAACCAACGAAAAGGAGAAGUCGAACUCUCAAAGGGUUACUAUGCAAUUGCGACUGCUUUCUUGGUUUUUUAUCACUUUGAACUUUAUGGAAUACAUUGGCAGCCAGCACGCCUCCAGGGUACGGCGACAGGGAAGAAUGCAUCCUAACGUGAGCCAGGGUUGCCAAGGAGGGUGUGCUACGUGUUCGGACUACAACGGAUGCCUGUCAUGUAAGCCCAGACUCUUCUUUGUUCUGGAGAGGAUUGGCAUGAAACAGAUUGGAGUAUGUCUUUCCUCGUGUCCAAGCGGAUACUAUGGGACACGGUAUCCUGAUAUUAAUAAGUGUGCAAAAUGUAAAGCUGACUGUGAAACCUGCUUCACCAGAAACUUCUGCACGAAGUGUAAAAGUGGGUUUUACUUGUACAGUGGAAAGUGCCUUGAAAAGUGCCCUGAUGGGCUGGAAGCCAACAACCACACGAUGGAGUGCACCAGUAUCGUGCACUGUGAAGCUAGUGAGUGGAGUCCAUGGAGCCCUUGCACAAAGAAAGGAAAAACAUGUGGUUUCAAAAGAGGAAAUGAAAUAAGGGUCAGAGAGAUCGUACAACAUCCGUCAGCAAGGGGCAAUCCUUGCCCAGCUACAAGCGAGAGCAGAAAAUGUGUUGUACAAAGAAAGAGAUGUCAGAAGGAAGGAAAAGGCCUUGACUGCUGGUUUCACCAAAGCUCCCAUUGAUGUGGUAUUCUUUGGGCUGGAGGGAGACGUGCCCUUGCCUGGAGUAAAUAAAGUCCUAAUGCUGCUGAAAAAAUGUGCUUUGUGUGAUCUAGAGAGGACAGGGUGGGCUGGAUGGGAAGGCACAUUCUCUCUAAGUUCUGCUGAAAGAGCUGCCAAGAUGAGGGGUUGCAUGUGGAGCUCAGAGCAAAAAGGUCUGUCGUAAAACAUGUCAUGAUGGGAGUUACUUGUUGGGUAUCAGGCAGUCAAAUUUUAUGCUUCAACCACAGGAUUCCUCCAAACUGGUUCCUAUUUCAUGCUCCCCUACAGGUAUGCCCAUAAUUCUUGCAGUUACAGUGCUGUGGCCUCUCUCCCACCCUGACCUCUUUGUAAUAGCUUUGGCUGAACAAUGUGGCCUGAUCCUGCCAUCUACAUGUGGCUUGCAGAGUUCCAGCAUGGGAGAAAGACCACAGCAUUGCUUGGCAGCCAAGGGACACUCCACCUGGUUUUGCCCAGUUAUCAGGAAUGCCAGCAGAACUGUCCCUCCACAUAAGCCAGUGUGUCGGGCUUACUUCCCAUCACAGGACCUUGUGGACGCCAUCCAACAUGUUAAGAAUGGGAGAUGGUUAAGAAGUGUAUGAAACAAUAAUUUAUACAAAUUCUACCCAACAGAGAUUGUUAUUCGAUAUUCUCCCCUUAAUGUACAGGGAAGUUACUUGCUCUGUCCCCAGUGCAGUUACUGUGGUUGACACAGGAGUGCCACAGGAACAUUUCCUUUUCACUGUCUCUCCCAUUUUCCCCACCCUUCCUGUUUCUCCAUCCCUUCUAUUUCCCCUAAACCUUUCAAACUCAAAAGCAGGCCUUAUUCUGAGGAUGAGUGGAAGGGGUACAGCACCUGUGUGUGAGCCAGCAUAAGCUGCUGGUACCAAGAAGUAAUUUAGUGUCUAUUGUUAAAUUAUCACUAGAAGUACUGCAGAUUACUGAUAGAAAUGUGAAAAGGUUUUGGAGCUCGUAAUCCUUUUGAAGGAUGGCUUGUUCCCUCAGAAUAUACGUCAUGAGUAAAUAAAUGUUAGAAGGAAGAUGUUAUGAAGCAGAAGCUUCAGGUGCCUCUCCCUCACUGAAGAAUUGGCUAGAUCUACUGAUUUAUGGGAACCUACGGGGCAGAUUUCACCUUCCUGAGGUUAGUUCAGCCUCCCUGUGUCCAGCAGUGCCUUGGAGAGGUAGAGCAGUGUGGCUGCCUCAAGGGAGCAGCCAAGGCAAACUAUUUACAGAUUCCUUCAUGCUUAAGACUCUAUCUUCAAAAUGUCCAUGAAGAUUAUCACUUUUGCUCAUGUACAGCAGCACAGCUUGAAAAACACAACCCUGUUAGCCCACUGUAACUGGCCAAAAAGUGUAUUUUUUUUUCCUACCAGUUACUUUUGCUAGAACUGAAAACAUAAUUCCGAACUUACUUUAAUUUUGAAACUGAAAACUGUUGUUUUUCCUUGAGGUGAUAAUGUUGUUUUGUAUUUGUUAUGGCAAUAUGGAAACAUCUUCAGACUGGACAAAAGAUUUCUUUUUGAGAAAUAUUUGCUCUUCAUUUGCUGUUCUUGUGUAGUAAGUACUUUAAAAGAAACUCCUCACGUAUUUUACUGUCAAUUCUUGUUUUAUGGGACCUGAGCCAAGCCAUAUUUGAAAAAUGUUGCAUACCACAAGAAUUCCUUUAAAAUUGUGAAUCCUGAAUUUCCUGCAAUAUGCAUAAAACUCUUUUGUUUUUCUUCCUCUUGAGCAAGUCACAGACUACAUCCUAGCCUGUUCUACUCUUGGUAGACAAUUCCUAUGAAACAAAUGCAGCCAGAUGUAACAUAUAUUCCAACACUACCUGUGCCUUUAGGAUUUGCAUGUUUAUGGCUAGAAGUCUUUUUUUUUUUUUUUUUUAGUGCUCUGAAAUCCACCAUUGUACAAUCCUUUGUAACAUUAACCACAAAUGUCUUACUUUUGCACACCUUCAGAGGGAGAUGAAUUUAUUAUUAAAAAAAAUAAUAAUAUAUUAAUAAAACCAAAGAAAUUCACAUAUAAAACAUUAGGUUAAAAUAGCUUGAAGAGAUAGAUUAUGGUGACACAAGCCAGGAAACCGAGAAUUAAGCUAAAGGUUUUCCUUAUGUUCCUACUGGAGUAGGGAAAUGAAGCUUUCCAACUUAAAUCUCCAGGCAACUUAUCUUGCUUACUGCCACUAUCCCAUAUUACUCCAAGAGAAACUUCUGUUCCCCUUUGAACAUGAGAGCACUGGCACAAGAAGCCAAGCCAGGCUCUGUUCUUAUGGCUAGCUGGUCCAGUCAAUGAAGGGAAGGCAAGUUAACAACAAAAACUCUUUUGGACAGAGAAGGGAAAGUAAAUACUUACUGUUAAUUAAUUUUGAAAAUACUGUUUUGCCUUGUACAACUCCACGUUGCCACUUGGGAGUUGGUUUGGAGCCCAGCUUCCACAGCUCUGGCUUGAAGUCUGGCAGCAGAGCUGGCCAUUACUGACAGCACUGCUAAUGAUCUUCCCUCCACGGAAGCAAAGACAGAGUUAGCUUGGUCAGCCUCUGCCAUUUCCAUGUUGAAUACAUGUCUGUGGCCGAGGGAGUAAGGGCAAAGACCACAUGAUGACGGGGUAUGUCCGUCAGAGAUGCCUCAAUGACUUUGCUCAAGAAGUUGAGAUCAGAGACAGGAUGUUAGUCAGUUCAGUUGCUGCUAUCUCACAGAAGAAAGAACAUGUUUCUGGAACAGCUAUGCAAAGCAAGAUAAAACAAAUGAAUACAGCUUUUUUUUUUUUUUUUUUUUUUUUUCCAUCUGCUGGUGUGUCCUUAAAGCUGGUGCAAUCUGCUAUAACUCGUUUUUUCCCCUCACUGGCUAUUAAAUUAAGUUUUACUGGGAGAAGAUGCUAGUUUUUUUUUUUUCCAGAAUGAAUGCAAACAAAUGGGAAUAAUUAGAUUACCAAUAGCCUUACUAGACUAAAAGGUUCUUCUUAUUCAUUUUAGCACUAAAUUAGUUGAAUCCAAUGUGUUUUGACAUGGUACUUUGCAUGUGUUUCCCAUAUAGGCUCCUUUUAUAAUUCAGUCCAAUUGAAACCUCACUGCAACUUAUUUUAUAAUUGUCCUUUUUUAAACUCACAAUGUACAGUUCUUUUUAGUCCACAAGAUUAUGAUUUCAAUUUCCAGUUUUUUAUUCCUUUCUCUCCAGCAUAUUUCCAUAAUUCAGUGCCCUCAGCACAAUGCACUGCUGCUUUAACCUUUCUACGCUUAACAUCUCCUUCUGCACUGGCAGAAGGCAUACUUAGAUAGUCAACUCUUUCUUGUAUCCAUGUCCAUAAAUGGCAAAUGUAUUUUCAGAUAUAUUGGAAAAGCAUAGUUUGAAGAGCAGGAGAAAUGUUGCAAAUUAUCCAUCUAUAUUAUUAGUUUGCUUUAAUAAAUGUCAGGUAAAAAUGGGAGGUUAGCUGGGACUGAACAGAAAGUUAUGUGGAGAAUGUUCUCUUCCAUUUGGAUGUGGGGUCUUGGUUGAAUUACUUGUGCUUGGCCAAACACAAGCAAUUUGCAGCCCUUUUGGUCUGCAAAUGGGGAUGAGAUUAACUUUUACUGGUCAAAAGACAAAUUCCAGAACUGCAUCCAGAAGUAUGUGGGGAAGGAAUUGCAUGUUUUCAUGCACAAGUAACUCUACCAAGACCCCACAUCCAAAUGGAAGAGAAUAUUCACCACAAAUAUCAGUCCCAGCUAACCCCCCUACAGAGUAGUCACCUUUACAUGCUUUCAGAUAACAUUUUCUGAUCAGUUGGAAGAGACUGAAAACACUCACCAAAAGACUAAGUGGGAAAACCAGGGAAAACAGGGGAAAAAAGGGAAAAUAUCUUAGAAAGCUGGGUAUUAUUCAGGCUAAUAGGCUACGUUGGUUACACAAUUGUAUUGUUGUAAAAAAUAAAUAACAUAUUUCAGUUGUUUUCUGCUCAUAUAUUCACUCAUUUGUAUGUUGGUGGCAUUCAUAUGUUCAAAGGAGAGAAUGAAUGCUAACUGUGUCCAUUCUGUGCAAAGACAAACCAAUGGAAGGUUCUGUUCCUAAACAGAAAAAACUUAAGCAUUAGAUGUGGAAAAAUAAAAUAAAAAAUAAUAAUAAUAAAAAAAAUGCUGAGAUGAAUGUGGAAUGAUACAUUUCUUUUUCACUGUAGAGUGUAGUAAUUGUCACCCCACACAGUCUGAAAGCAGGAUGCUGUUAUAAAAAUAAGUGGUUUGUGCUCUAAGGAGAAUAUAGUUGUUACGGUGUGGUUUCUUUUUUGGUGUGCAGCAAGAAUAAGACAGAAAGCAGAGCUUUUGAGAUGAGGAGCUGAUUUCUAGAUGCACACUGGCAGAAAUAAGGGAACUAAGGGAACAGGAUUUUGUGUUGAGCAGUUUUAUUGAAGGAAGCAUAUGUGUUUGGGAGAACUAUUAAAGUUAUGUGUAAAAAAUGUUUCUAUACUAUAUGUGAAUAUAAAAAUACAGUUUUGAUUUUAAUAGCUAA